AUGCUUCGUCGAAGCCACAAAAAGUCGCGAGGAGGCUGCUUGGAGUGCUAUGCAUCCCAAGGCCCGCAAAUCAGCCUGACGAAAUCGAAUGAAGCGCCGCCUCAACAGCCGUCUGACUCUCUAAUCUCGGACUACCGAAAUCAUGGACCAGCCCCUGAUGUUAAUGAUAUGGAUACGUCCCCGCCUAGCGCUGAUUCGCCGGCAUCUUUAAGUAAAAGCACGUCAAGCAGCCACCCAGAUCCAAUCCUUGACGAGCCCGUCAAUUUCAAUCAUAUGGAACUGCUCGCCCACUUGUCACUCGACAGUGAUAUGUUCAACCUAGGUUUCACCCCUUCCAACGUCUCCCCAGUCAACCUAGUCUUGAAGUCCAGCUUAGAGUCGCCAUGUCUUAUGCAUCUGAUCCUCGCCUUUUCUGCUCGCCACCUGGCAUUCCUCCACCCUGAGCGCUCCUCCUUCUACCUCCACCAGGCCGUUACGCUUCAGACCCGUGCCAUUUCGAUGUUCAACGCUUCCUGGACUGGCGUUACCCAAUCAAAUUGCGUCUGGGUGCUUUUCUUUUCGUCAGUUCUGGGCCAUCACAUGCUUACUGAUACGCUAGCUAGACGAGAUCCAGGGGGUAUUGAUGUGUUCAUGACUCACUACAUUCAGUUUGCAGCAAUGCACAAAGGGAUUUAUACCGUUGCUAGUACCGCCUGGCCCGCACUCAUGGAUUCGGAGCUCGCACCGAUCCUGGCAUUGAGCGAGGGGUAUCACAAGCGGUCGCCGAGAGGCAGCCACUGUCAGCAGCUUAAGACGCUGGUAGAUGGCGCGAUUUGGCUUGGGGAAGAGGAAAAAGAGGCAUGUCGAUUGGCCAUCAAUUAUCUACAGAUUGGCUUCGAUUCAAUAUUGUCAGACCAUGGGCUCGGCAAUCGAUACCACAUCAUCUUCAUAUGGGCGUUGCUGCUACCGCAAGAAUUUACAACCAUGCUGGCAGCUAAACAGCCUGAAGCCUUAGAACUUGUGGCAAAUUGGUGA